AUGGCUUCUCCAACUUACUACAAUUUCCCACCUUUCCAUCCUUCCCAGCCACCUCCUCCUCCGGCUUCAAAAGUACCGCCGCCGCCCCCACCUCCUCACGUUCGUCCUCCACCUCCUCACCCACCUCAUGUGCGUCCUCCGCCCCCACCUCAUGUGCGUCCUCCGCCUCCGCCUCCACCUUCUCCAUCACCAAGCGGCCACACCACAGUCAUUGUGAUAGUGUUUGUUUCAUUUGGCGGUGUUCUCUUCCUAGCAUGCAUUGCGGCUGCUCUUUGCUGCUUCUUGAAGAAGAAGAAGAAGAAGAGCAUUCAAGAAACGGAGGUGGUGCAUGUGGAUGAACACUUGAAGGUGAAGGAGGCGAUUGUUAAAGGCCCGCAUGGACCGGAAGUUGUGGGUGUGGUGAUUGAAGACGACAUGCAUGUUGAUGAAAGUAUUAAAAAGAAUGAAGAAUUCGGGAAAGGGUUGCAUGAAAAAGGUUCUGAGAGUAAAGCCAGUGAGCAACUUCAAGUGGGAACUUCUUCUUCUUCGUCGGGUUCUGAUCAUCAUCAUCAUCACCUGCUUGACCAUAAGGUGUAAAUUUAAUCAUAUGUUAUAUGUGGAUGAAUGAUUCAACUUCCGAAUUGUAUAUUUAUU